AAUCAACCUAAACAAUUUAGGGAGUUAAUAACUUCGUGGGAAAAAAUCUUGAAAAUAUGGUGUCUUGAGAAAGUUGUUCUAAAUUUAAUGAAGGUUCUACCACCGACAUCGGUGGUUCUACAUCUGAGACAUGGUUAAAAUCGGAUAACUAUGGCGCCCUCCACAGUUAAAAACUGAAACAGUUGAUCAAUUCUCUACGAAAUCGGUCUUUUUUCUUCAAUUGGGUACUAAAGCCCUAUGAAAAUUGUUAUGUCCAACGGUAAAAAACACGAUUAAAAACCAUUUCUGAUCACUUUUUUUCAUAUUAAUGCAAACAAAAAAUUUGACAAGACAACAUUUUUUCGAUGGAUCAACUAUGGUCCCCUUGGAACGAGCUGUCAAGUAGGAGCUUUUCUGUCAAGAAGGACCGCGAGGUCAAUUUUUCAAUAUUGAUUUAAAAAUCCAUUUUAAACUUUUUGUGGUCGUACAAAGGGUCAUUGCAAUCAGAAAAAUAAGCUUUAUCGCUGUAAACAGUAAUAUCAGCAAUCUAAGCUUCAUUUUAGGACCCAAUUUUAAUUUUUGUAUUUUUUAAUCCGACUGAAACUUUUUUGGUGCCUUCGGUAUGCCCAAAGAAGCCAUUUUGCAUCAUUAGUUUGUCCAUAUAAUUUUCCAUACAAAUUUGGCAGCUGUCCAUACAAAAAUGAUGUAUGAAUAUUCAAAAAUCUGUAUCUUUUGAAGGAAUUUUUUGAUCGAUUUGGUGUCUUCGGCAAAGUUGUAGGCAUGGAUACGGACUACACUGGAAAAAAUGAUACACGGUAAAAAAAAAAUUGGUGAUUUUUUAUUUAACUUUUUAUUACUAAAACUUGAUUUGCCAAAAAACACUAUUUUUAUUUUUUUUUAUUUUUUGAUAUGUUUUAGAGGACAUAAAAUGCCAACUUUUCAGAAAUUUACAGGUUGUGCAAAAAAUCAUUCACCGAGUUAUGAUUUUUUUAACCCUCUAACGCCCAGGUUGUUUGCUUAUCGUAAAAGUAGUAAAUGGCUAAAUUUUGGUACAAUAAUGCAGGAAAUACUUUAUUUUGGCCCACAAACAUCGAAUUGGUGCAAAAAAAUGAAUUUGAAGUGGUGCACCAGAGCACCAUCAGGAAGAUGAGCAACUUUUUUUCAAAUCACAAAAUCUCGUUUUCUUCAAAUCUAUUGGUUCAGUUGUAAGAAAAUGCUUCGAAAUGUGUUAAAAACUACUUAUUCUUUGCUGUAAGACCAUAUUUCUGAAGUAUGAAUUACAAAUUCUAAAAUCUCUGCAUUUUCAGAUUUCUUUGAUUGGCUAAUUCAAAACUCACAAACAACCAUUUUCAUGAAAAAUAAGGAAAAUAAUAAAACCAUUCGUCUAAUAACAAUGUUUUGUCUUGUUUAUGGAUAGUCAAAACGUUUAUAAACUAUUGUUUUGAUAAACAUAAACUUUUUCUGUAAUUUAGAAAAAAGUGCUCCUGAAUAUUUAGUUGCUCAUAUGCCUAGGUGGUGCUCUGGUGCACCAAAUGAAAAAGGUUGAAAAACACUCAAAACCGGUCCAAACUCACAAUGUUAUUCACAGGGGUUCUUUUCCAAGGAUCAAAUGAUAGCAAAACAUUUUUUGUUUCAUAAAAUUUUGUGUUUGGUAUUUUUACUGGCUUUCGAAAACUGGUCUUAUUUAUUUCCCUAAAAUUGGCCCAUUUUUGUUUACAUUUCGUACUGUAACUUUGCUUGUGCUUAACCAAAUUUGAUUAAAUUUGGGGAGAUGUUAGUAUACAUUCUACAUGAACACCUGCAACUUAAAGCACUAUGAAAGGUUGUGUCAGUUCCGAGAUAUUUGAUAUUUAGGUGACUUUUUUGGAUAUAGUCGCAGAUCGGAAAAUUCUCUAGUUUUUCCUCAUGGUUGAGUAACUCGUGAGUGAGUUUCCGAACUCUGCCUGCUGGUGAGGACCGCCUCUUUUUCUUGCCGUGAGGCAUUUUUGCACUCUUUAAGCACUUUUCAGGAGCUAAUAUCCAGGAGUACCUCACUGAUUGGUGGUCCACAAAGGAAUGAAACUAAAACGUAUAAUUUUAUUGAACGGUGUAUUUGUGUGUGGGUGUGGGCGUAUAAAACAACUCGAGGACAACGUACCCUACUGCUGCAGCUGAUCCUCGGGUCGUUGCAGCCAGGUAACGGUUGUAGGCUGUUCUUGUUGAACCGGUUGCUUCCAGAACGGUUGAGCUGCUGGGCUGGGAACCGCGGUCGGAUGUCGAGCGAGCGUUGCUGGACUUCCGCGCGGGCAGGCGUCUUCCCUCGUUGACGAAUCGGCAAGCCCCGGAGUCCACCAAUUUGGGCUCGCUGAGAGGGAAACCCCUUGACGAUAAUGGUCGUUGGUCUUUGACGUUGAGAUGCAGGCAAAGGCUCCUCCGCACUUAUAGGCCUGGACCGAACGAUAUCCGUGCGCCGUUGAGGUCGUUCAAGAAUUGUAACCAAUGGUUACACUGAAAAGGUCCUACUUGACAGCUCGUUCCAAGGGGAACAUAGUUGAUCCAUCGAAAAAAUGUUGUCUCGUCAAUUUUUUUUUUUUUUUUUGCUUCAGAAUGAAAAAAGUGAUCAGAAAUGGUUUUUGAUCGUGUUUUUUUACCGUUGUAGACUGUUGGGAUUAUGGGUUGCAGGAUUGAAUAUGUAAUAAAUUAUUAAAUGAGUAUUUAUUAUAAGAUUGAUAUAAUUCAUAAAUAAGAGUUUAGAGCGCAACAAAAAGUGCGCACCUUCAUGAAUAUUGCCUUGUUAGCAGACAGAUUGCGGAUAGAGUGCGAGAGCGCGCUAGCGAGCUGCGAAAGAGAAAACAACGAGAUGCGCGCGGCCGGUGAAAGAGAGAAUGAAGAUUGUCAAAUCAGUUUUGUGGUUAAUUUGUGUGGAAUAAGACGUGUUGUUUGUUAAUUGCAAAAUAUCUGUGUUUUUAUUAUAAAAGAAAGUCCCCGAUCACGACAUAGAUUAAAAUUGGCAUAGGGCUUUAGUACCCAAUUGGACAGACAAAUUGGGUCCUAAAAUUAAGCUUAGAUUAUUUUUUCUGACCAAAAUGAUCCUUUGUUCGACCACAAAGGGUGUACAAUGGAUUUUUAAAUCAAUUUUGAAAACUUAACUUCGCGGCCCUUCUUGACAGAAAAGGUCCUUCUUGACAGCUCGUUCCAAGGGGACCAUAGUUGAUCCAUCGAAAAAAUGUUGUCCAGUCAAUUCUAGAUUAAAUUUUCAAAACAACCUAUCCCUCAUGGGUUUCCUAUGCAGAUAGGACCUUUUGAAAAUUUAAUCGAGAAUUCAUUUUUUUAAUAAAAAUGAAAAAAAAGUUAUCAGAAAUAGUUUUUAGUCGAGGGGGAUGACACUCCCGCGAUGAGCUCACGAUUUAGCUACGAUGAACACGAUUUUCUUCGAUUAGCCGCGAUUUGGCACGAUGAGCGCGAUUUGGUGCGAUGUGCGCGAUUUGAAUACGAUGAGAGCGCGAUGCUAAAAAAAAUCUCACGAUGUGAGCUGUCAAACUGCUCGAAUGGGAAUGACAGCCACGGAAUGUAUUUUUUUGCUGUCAUCACAUUCGAGCAGCAGAAUAUAAACAAACAAAAUAAAAAACGUGGUCCGAAAUUUGCCGCUUUGAUUACGGGUUCUACUUUUUGUUCGUUUCCGAGAAAGGAUCUAGAAGAACCAGCUUGUUUGCGUUUCCAAGGCCAUCAAGAAUUCGAUGGCGAAGUUGCACGAAUCAGGCAACCUAGACGGUCGUAUUCCGUGUCCGAUAUCGCUCACAACAGCGCAAUCAUUCCCGUUCUUAACCCAACCAUUCGCGGUGGUGGAGGACGUGGCACCUGGUUGCGCUCUCGUGGCAACCCUGCGGCCAAUGGUCGCGCUAGAUUUACCAGCGCUGCCGGGAACGGGAAUAGCGCCGGGCGUCGAUAGAGGCCGUGGAGAAGCUUGUGUACAUGAUCCGUCUCGUGCUUGGCCGGUAGGGAAGCAACUGUAGCCCCCUUUUGCGGAGGCGAAUUCAGCGUUGGUGGCACGCGUAGUGGAAUUUGCCGACAGAUGACGAGGACCACCCUGCAGAGACGAGUUCGGUUUGAAGCUCGCAACGUUGAUGGCCAAAAUUGCAGGAGCAACCUCUGCUAUAGAAGGGAAUGUUCCGCCGCCCAUAACGGUUCCACAACCUUCGCCGAAGCAGCACCCACUGCCGGUUCCAUCUAUGAUUCCAACGGCCGAACAGAACGUGCAGGUCCUUCAGCGGACGCUUUCGAAUCGGAGCCCGGUGGGCGGGAUACCUCCAACAACAACACCACUGGCAACAGUUUUACGGUCGCGACGAACAAGUCUACGGUAGUGGCAGCGGCCAACAAUAUGGUUCCCACUUCGUCCUCGUCCAACAUCGCCGAACGCCAUCUAGAAAAUGAACAAUCUAAUCAGUCAACCCAUCGCACAACCAUGAGCCGGCCGGUUAAAUCACCGGCGGCCACGAGCAGCAGUGUUUCCGGUGGACUUGAAAAUGAAAGCUCGGAAAGUAGUACCUCAAGUAGCAACCCGGUUGGUAGCAGCUCGAGCUCGAAUGGCGGAGAUGGAGGUCGCACCACGACUACGAUCAGUAUCAAUAACAACAGUGGUCCGGCAGUGGUUGGAGCUGUAAAGGCGGCCACGGCUGGUGCAACAGCGGCACCAGCUCCGAGCACGAGAACCAGUUCAACCAGCUGGUUCGGAACAAGCUUUGCAAUCAGACGGUCCUGCAGCGGAUUAAGCAACUAUGUAUGGUGGACCCGCCCAAGCCCCCGUCAGAAAAGCAGCCGCUCAGCUACCCAUCCGGACGGACCGUCGUCGCUACCGCACAGUGACGCCAAACUGGUCGACCUGUCGUGAAUCUUCUGCGAGGUCAUGCACGACAUCCGGUCGGAACUACUGCCCACAUCCGAGUUUGUCCAGGUGCACCAGCACGUGUCGAACAUCAUUCAGCACAAGAAUGGAGCAGGACCAGUACAUGAUGGACGGUUAGGACGUGCAUUUGCAGAUGUCCAACAUUGACAACUAGGAGAUCAUGUCGCUCCAGAGGAUGGCUCGGCGAUGGCGGCGGACGGCUAGCUGAAGUGGGUCGAGUGCAUCGACGAGGUAAUCCAGGCACUCAAGUUUUGCACCGUUAUCCCGGUUCCCCAACAGGUAAGAAAGUCAACACUGUAAGAAUCUUGCGUAAUCUAAUAACGAUUCUUCAAAUAUCCUCAGAAAAUUACGACAAAUCUUAACUACCAUUGACAUUGACGCAUACAAAUCAGCAUGAACUCGUCCCCCAAGACGUGAUGGGCCGGCAACAAGAACCAGCUGUUGACGUCAGGAACGUCGUCGCCGAUCAACGAUGACCAGGCAUACGCCGAGCAGUGUGUUUUCGGCAGGAAGCGGCCGCGGCUGGCCAGCUGAUGACAUUCGACUUGAACCUGAUCUCGCUGGACAGGCUUCAGCUGUGGAGUCGUUCGAGACGCUCGAGAGGAUGGUUCGGCGGUCGGCUCGCGGAUACAAUCUAGAACUACGAGAGGGUCGAGUGAAAUGACGAGGUAAUCUGCGCGAACUUGCACAAGUGAUCGACCAAGAAUUGCCGCUGUCGAGCCAGUGGAAACGGAUGCACAACCAGAAACGCCGUUUGACCAGCUCAGAAAGACACCAGCUCGUAGCAGAAGCCGCGCAUUCAGUAGAAACUUGA